GGCGUAGGGCUGAGGGGAGGGGUUGUCUCAAAAGUCUUUUCUUCCCCUGCAGGGUGGCUGGAGAGUCCACGCGCGAGCGGAGGGUGCCGGGGACACGGGAAGAAGAAACAAAGUUCCCGGGGCUCCGUCCAGGGCCGCUGUCUUUUUAGCCGCCCCCCUCCUCGCGAAGGCAAUGGCUUCCAAACUCCUGCGCGCGGUCAUCCUUGGGCCGCCCGGCUCGGGCAAGGGCACGGUGUGCCAGAGGAUCGCCCAGAACUUCGGCCUCCAGCAUCUCUCCAGCGGCCACUUCUUGCGGGAGAACAUCAAGGCGAACACGGAAGUUGGUGCUAUGGCAAAGCAGUACAUAGGGAAAGGUCUUUUGGUUCCAGAUCAUGUGAUCACACGCCUAAUGAUGUCGGAGCUGGAGAAUAGGCGCAGCCAGCACUGGCUACUAGAUGGUUUUCCUAGGACUUUAGUACAGGCUGAGGCCAUGGACAGAAUCUGUGAGCUGGAUCUAGUGAUCACUUUGAACAUUCCAUUUGAAACGCUCAAGGAUCGUCUCAGCCGACGUUGGAUUCACCCUCCUAGUGGAAGGGUAUAUAACCUGGACUUCAAUCCACCUCACGUACAUGGAAUUGACGACAUCACUGGUGAACCGUUAGUCCAGCAGGAAGAUGAUAAACCUGAAGCAGUCGCUGCCAGGCUAAGACAGUACAAGGAUGUGGCAAAGCCAGUCAUUGAGUUAUACAAGAGCCGAGGAGUGCUCCACCAGUUUUCUGGGACGGAGACUAACAAAAUCUGGCCCUAUGUUUACACACUUUUCUCGAACAAGAUCACACCUAUUGAGUCCAAAGAAGCAUACUGAGCCUGCCCAAUGGAAGAACCAGGAAAAUGUGGUCAUUCAUUCAGUUGUGUGUAAAGUAUUGGUGCCAUGUCCAAAUUAGAAGCUAGCUGAUACAGCUUGCAGUGUUUUUUCUAGUUUAAGUGGUGAACAGAUGUGAAAACUAAUGAGUAGAACGAAUUAAUGAAGAGGCUGUCCUCUGCCUUUCAAAAGGAGAGACACCUGUACAUGUUUAAGAUGUCUCUGCACAGGUCUCAAAGCCUUCAUGAGAAAGCAAGUACAGGUU